UGGAACGUCCACGCCAUACUCCGCGCGGUGACCAACAGGACUAAUAACCCACUGGAGCGCUUCAGCAGGGAGCUCAACGUCCGCUUUCUAAACCCCGUUCCCCCCACCCAAUCCUGCCGAUCUUUAUUACAAUCGAGCAGAUCUCCCGUGAACGCGUGCAGUUCCUCGUGCCAGACCCCCCUCGCCAUGUCGCUUACGAGCUUCCCGUGGCGGUGUGUCCCACGUUGA